GCCUGUGACGUUGUGGUGCAGGUCUGAGUGUUGCACAGGCCCAGUGCUGCAGGUUGUCCGGUAGGGUGCCUGCAGAGCCACAAGCAUGCUGUUGAUGUCAGGAGCAGAGGAGGGGAACGUGAGGAAUGGCUGAAAACUGUCGGUGAUCUCCUGUUAGGAAACAAACCCGGUGUGUUUAGCUGAGCAUUUCACCGCUACCAGAUCAGCCUGUUAGCGACGCAUUAGCAGGCACUGCUGGUUUAGGCUUUAUUUAUUUUGUUGAUUAUUUAAUGGGACAGCGAAAACGCAAAAAACGCAAGGUAGGCUACCGCUCUUGUCGCCACCAGCUCUGCUACUUUAUUUUCAUGGACUAAUACGACACAAGGGGGGGUUGAGAAAUGUUUCACUGCAAGGUAAAACACUCGUCUUCGGAGACAAUGUUUGGUUGUUAACGCUAGCUAAAACCCUAAGGUUGAUAUUUUUGGUUAGACUUGUGCAUGUAUGAAGUGCUCGGCCGUUUUAUGUUGUUUUGUGAAAAGCGUCGGUUAGCCUUCAUCUCUUCAUGCCUCAGCCGACCAACCACAUGAGAAGUCGACGUCCGGAAUAGAUUAAACCACAAAGAAAGGCCUCCUUUUUUAUCGCUUUCACCUGAAACGACGAGGAGAAAAUGCGUGUGGACUUGUUUUGGAUAUGUUUGUGGUGUUUCCUUCGCCCUGGUGCCACCGGUCAAGGACAGUCGACGGCCGUGUGCUCGCCCUCAUGCAGCUGCGAUGAAGAUGGGGGUGCAGACUGCUCGGGGAGAGGGCUGACCACCGUCCCGACUGGGCUCAGUACUUUCACCUACUACCUUGACCUGAGCAUGAACAACAUCACUGAGCUUCCAGAAUUUGUGUUCAAGAACCUCCCCUAUCUGGAAGAACUACGACUUGCCGGGAAUGACCUGUCAUUCAUCCACCCUGAUGCCCUGUCUGGACUGCAUCAGCUCAAAGUCCUGAUGCUCCAGAAUAAUCAGCUGAAAACUGUGCCCAGUGCCGCCCUGAAGAACCUUCAAUCUCUCCAGUCUCUCCGCCUGGAUGCGAACCACAUCCUCACAGUACCAGACGACAGUUUUGAAGGUCUUCAGCAGCUGCGCCACCUUUGGUUGGAUGACAACAACCUGACGGAGAUCCCCGUCAUUUCUCUGAGGCACCAGGAGAACCUCCAGGCUCUGACGCUGGCGCUCAACCGCAUUGUGCACAUACCAGACAACGCAUUCGCCAACCUCACCAGUUUAGUUGUGCUACAUCUUCAUAACAACAGAAUUAAGCAGAUAGGAUACAACAGUUUUGCCGGUCUUGUGAACCUGGAGACGCUAGAUCUUAACUUCAACAACCUGAUGGUUUUUCCCAAAGCUAUAGAGGCCCUGCCCAAACUGAAGGAACUCGGGUUUCACAGCAACGAUAUUGCUGCCAUACCUGAAGGGGCCUUCCAUAACAACCCCCUGCUGCGCACCAUACAUCUUUAUGACAACCCUCUGUCCUUUGUGGGCGCCUCGGCUUUCCAGAAUCUGUCCGACCUGCACUCCCUGAUGCUGCGUGGGGCCAGUAUGAUGCAGGACUUCCCCAUCCUUACGUGGACAAAUAAACUUGAGAGUUUGACCCUGUCAGGAACCAAGAUAUCGUCCAUCCCUGCUAAUCUUUGUGAGGACCUCAAGUUGCUCCAGACGCUAGACUUGUCCUACAAUGAGAUCAAGGAUCUGCCUUCCCUGCAGAGCUGCGUCCGGCUGCAGGAGAUAAGCUUUCAGCACAACCGCUUUCAACAAAUUGACAGGGACACUUUCCAAGGUCUGACUGCUCUCCGUUUGCUAGACCUGAGCAGAAAUGGUAUCCGAGUCAUCCACAGAGAUGCUUUCGUCUCCCUCGCUGCACUCACCAACCUAGAUCUGAGUAUGAACUCUCUGACUGUGAUUCCUACCACUGGACUGAGCGCACUCAGUCAGUUGAAACUCUCAGGAAACCCGGAAAUGAAAAAUGUGCUGAAUGCAAAAAACCUGCCAAAACUGAGGUCGAUCUCUGUCCCGUAUGCCUACCAGUGCUGUGCAUUUGUUGGAUGUGACUCCAUGACGAGUUCUUCUGAGGAAAAUGACAUAAAGAAAUCAGCAGGCGGGGAGGAUGUGGAGAGAAUGUCAACGAUUAUGCAUUGCUCUCCUUCUCCAGGAGCCUUCAAGCCUUGUGAGCACCUGCUGGGUAACUGGAUGAUCCGCCUUACAGUGUGGUUCAUCUGCCUGGUGUCUCUGGUCUUUAACAGCGUGGUGCUGGUGGCCACCUUCGCCCCCACACACCACGCUGCAGGCCAUUCACCCUCCCUCUCCCCGGCCCGACUGCUCAUGGGGCUGCUGGCCCUGGCCAACCUGCUCACAGGUCUGUAUGUUGGCGUGCUGACUGUGCUAGACGUGGCCACAUGGGGCUCGUUUGCUGAAUUCGGAGUAUGGUGGGAGAUGGGGCGUGGCUGCCAGGUUACAGGAGCCAUGGCCGUGUUCUCUUCAGAGUGGGCGGUGCUGCUACUCUCGCUGGCAGCCGUAGAGCGCAGCGUGGCCGUGCGGACAAUUCUCGGGAAGGUAUUGAUGUCACCAAGGAGGAACGGCAGCCGGCGCGGAUGCUGGAGAGGGGAUCGGCGCUUCAGUCUUGCUGCGGGACUACUGGGGCUGCUGGCUGCUGCCGGAGCCUGCCUGCCUCUCCUGACCUCCAGUGACCACUCCGCUUCUCCACUGUGCCUGCCCUUCGCUGGCGGAGAAAGUCCAGCUCUGAGUGUCACAGUGGUUCUGGUGCUGCUCAACGCUCUGGCUUACCUGUUCACUGCAGCGGUGUACACCCAGCUGUAUUGCCACCUGGGCCGGGUGGAGCUGGCAGAUCCGGAGCAGACGGGUGCCCUGCGACAUGUUGCAUGGCUCAUCUUUACCAACUGCAUCUUCUUCUGUCCCGUGGCAGCUUUCUCCUUCGCCCCUCUCUUGACUGGCUCUACAGCCGGCGGCCCAGAGAUCGCCAAGUCCGUCACCCUCAUUUUCUUCCCUCUGCCGGCGUGUCUGAACCCAGUGCUCUACGUGUUCUUCAGCCCGGCCUUCAGGGAGGACUGGCUCAGACUACGCAGUUGCGCAGGAUCGAGCAGGGAAGUGAAGGCUGGGGCCGAGAGUCACGGAGAUGACGGGGGCGGAGGGUCGGAGAUCACAGACGGCGGCUCCUCCACCCAACUCGGCUUUGACUGUGGGGUUUACUCACAGCUUUGUGGAGAGACUGUUGUGUGCGAGCAGUGCGAGGCUGCGCUGCAUGCCAGGACCUGCUCCUCCCCGUCGUCCUCCACAGUGUGCAGACACUUUGUGAAGUCUCACAGCUGUCCCACCCUGCUGGCGGGUGCUGCCGUGUGCCAGCGCGCCGAGGGGUUUUGGGCCGACAGCGGCACGCCCUCUGCUCAGUCUGAGUACGCAGACGAGGGGGACUCGUUUGUGUCGGACAGCUCGGAGCAGGUACAGGCUUGCGGCAGAGCCUGUUUCUGUCAGAGCAGAGGCCUUCCUCUGGUACACUACUCAUACAACAUACCUCGAGUCAAGGACUAACACGCUGCAGAGCUCCAGUUUGUCUGUGUGCACAGAUCUCUCCGUCAUGUGAAUUAAGAUGCUUAAACGAUAUAUAAACAUUUUUAUAUUAAACAACGAAAUGUGCCAACUACCCUACUAAAGACCCAUCAGCAAGCACUUACGUUUUUAAUUACUGUGUAAACAGAGAUGCAACCAAUCAUUUAAAGGGAACUUGGAGACUUUUUCUGAGUGAGCUGAAGAUAGAUAGAAGAUAGAAUUGGAGGAUGAAACCCUCUUUAUUAGUCACAUACAUGCACACAGCAGAGCACACACAGUGAAAUUUGUCCUCUGCAUUUAACCCAUCCUAGUGCUAGGAGCAGUGGGCAGCUAUUGUGCAGCGCCCGGGGAGCAAUGGGGAGGAGGGAUUGGAGGUGUCCGGUGCCUUGCUCAAGGGCACCACAGCAGGGCCUAAGGGGUGAACUGGGACCUCUCCAAGUAGCAGUCCACUAUCCAUAUUUUUUUCAAGUCUGUUCGGGGACUUGAACCAGCGACCCUACGAUUCCCAGUUCAAGCCCCUACUGACUGAGCCACUGCUGGAUACACAUCAUGUUAAAAAACUGGUCGACAAAGGACCUCCAAAGGAAAAUCUUGCCACCAGUGCCUGCCUCCUGCUUUCCAUUGGAUCUCAUGAUGAUGCAGGCCUCAAUGUACGUGUCAAAGAUUGAUUUCUCUGUUCAACGUGUAGUUAUAAGCUUUUUUCAAUUUUAAUUGUAACACAUUUUGUCAAUUUUAAAAGCUUCUCCACAGCAACUGUUGAUUUUAUACUUUGAUUUUAUUUUGUACGUAAAUGUAGCAAAUGUAAUAAUCAUCCUAGAGUUCAGAGUGAAUGUAACUUUCAGGUGGUCUUCACCUGCCAGAUGGGGAUAAUGUAACGACAGCAAUAACUUCUGCCCUGCCUGUGACCAUAACCUGGUAUAAGUUAAUGCCAGUCUAUAAUGAACACGACUUUGAGUUAAGUUACCAAGACUAAGAAUGUCAUAAGUAGCAGAUAUCACUGUUAUAGCAGCCGCUGUGCUUGGUGGUAAUGAAAGGUGUUAUUUAUUGUUUGAGCAGCAGGAGGGGGAAGGUGAUUUCAGGUGGCCUUUGAAAAUAACCCAAGCAUUCACCAAAACAACAGCACUUCUCUUUGUUUAACUCCUCAAACAACCCUAACAAGUCUAUUCAUACAGGUUUAGAUCUCUACCUUUUUAUUUCUGAGUUUUACUAUCAUGCUGUUUAACUUGGAUUUUUUUUGUGAAAAUAAUUAAAUAUAAGACCCGAUUUAAUCUGAUCUUCAAAUUACUUUUGGCUGUCAAUUGGUGACUCAUUGCCUUGUUAAAUGCAGUUUCUUUAAUAACAAAAUAUGAUGAUUUACUCUUUUACUGACCACAAGAGGAGAAUAUCCUUUUCACUCACCACAUAUCUGUAUGCUAAAUAUUAGGUUACAGCCAGCAGCUGUUUUCAUUGAUUAUGCUACUGGCUACUGGCCCAUGAUCCAUGUUUUUUAUACAGGUAUGAGAGUGGGAUCCUCUUUCUUCAUGUUACUACAGUAUGUGCAGAGAACAUUUCCCCCAAGAUGUCAAAAUAGCAAAAAGUCAACUUUGUUUUUAUUGAAUUUACUUUAUUUGUAGAGUAAACUAUUGAAAUCAACUCUCUUUGCAAAGUUAGACCUAAUAUGAAGAGUAAUAACUAACAUCAAUUUCUGGUUGAUUUUUAACGUAUCAUUAAACAUAAUUUGGCUUGGGAGCGACAAGUCAAACACAGGAAAACCGUCCAAGUUAAACACGUGAAUGUAAUCCCUCUCUUGCAACAUGAUGUCAAUGCAGCACAAGACUGGCAGCUGAGUCAACAAAAGCAUGUGUGAGCUGUGGCGAUGUGUGUAAAAUAUGUAUUGUGGCUGAGUAUUAUUCAACCACAGAUAAUCAAAGUAUCUAUAUUGCGGAUGUUACAUCUCUACUGCAAAGUAAUUGGCAACAUUUUGACCAGAGUAAUUGGACAUUAUGAAAAAUAAGAUUGAUUUUGUUAACGUAUUCACUGCCUCCAGUGUGUUUCCAAUCCAGUAACAUUAUACAAAUGUACUGUUUGUUCAGAUCAGAUGUCUUAUUGUACACGUCAUGAGAAGAGCAUUAUUAUAUUAUAAAGUAUAUAACCGUAGAUAUCUUUUGGUCCUGAAAGCUGGCCUGAGUGAGGCUGUGUGUGACGAGGGAUUGACUGAUGUUUGGUGUGCUGGAGCAUGACUGUACAUAUUAAAGCUGGAUACACCCUCGGAGCGUGUAACCACAAGUGCACGUCAUGUGAGUGCUCAGGAAUUUAGGCAAUGUAGGGAAACGUUUCCUCCAACAAGACAUUCUUGUGUCCUUAUAAUGCACCAUUUAAUUUGAAUCUUCUGAGUUUUAUUUUCUAUUUUCCAUGCCGACAUUUGUCUCGACCGGAUGUGUCAAUUCUUGCACCAACCAAAAUGUCUGUUGAUUGUCUGAGAUGUCCCAUCUGGUGAAAAUGUACAAAUCUUUUAGUAGGUUGGUUAUUGUUUUUGUUUUUUUGUAUUUCUAUGUAAAUUAUUUGAAAGGAAAACAAGUAAUCAAGAAUGGGAUGCUAACUAAGGAAGCUACCUCCUCGGCUGUAGUGGCUACCAGCAGUGCUUUGUAAAAGAAAAGUCUUUUUUGUAUUUGUUUUAUUUUUGUUUGCAUUUUUAGCUUUAUGUUGGUUGUACAUCAUCAUUUUAGUUCAAAUUAUGGGAGGAAUCUAUGUACUGUAUACUGUGAUUUAUUUUUUUAACCAAACUAUGAAUUGUUUUUGUUUUAUCUUCUAUAGAUACAAACUUGCAGAAAAAUACAGAUUAUAAUAAAAUAAAUCUCACUUAUUUUCUGUUCAAAUUCAAAUCGUAUCUGUAGUUGUUCAUGUCAGACCUCCCCAAGUUAUUAGAUUCUAUUCAAGUAGGAAAAUAAUCAUAUAAAUUGUGAAUGAAUAAAAUUGGAAGAACACAACGCUUUUCAUUCACCUUUGUGUUAAAAUUAAAACACUGCAGCAACCA